GCCUGGUACUGCUCCGAUGCUGCCGCAGCCACCUUACCCGGAUCAGGCGGCUUGAAGAAGCGUCUUAGCAUCUCCGAACUCUAGCUUCAAAUCAAAUCAUAGACCUCGUGAUGUUGAAAGGUUUUGGCGGACUGCAGUAGCCUGGAAGGUUAGAUGGGAACGAGGGAAGGUCAGUAGAAACCCUCGCAGGAGAAGGGAAUAUUGCUUUACUUCCGAAGUUCAUACUUGUGUUACGGCUAUGUAUAAAUAUAUGGUGAACGUAUAAAGUGAUAUUAUUAUCGCAAGGGUCGAUCGAUAUGGCCUACUUCCACUCCCAGAGGAGCAAUGAUUUGGCCAUGGCCAUGAGCUUGGCUUUGGGUCGCCACUCUGGCCGUCCCAUGGCAUUGAAUGCCUCGGACUGCACAUUGUUCGACGAGGCCUCCGUAGCUUGGCAACUAGAAGGAAGAGCAGUUCCUCUGAUGGCGAGAGAUAGCAGCAGCAGAAUAUACGGGAGUGGGAUGCAGACAAGGAAGGAGGGAGUGUUCAGGGUUGCAUUCAGAACAAAGUCUGAGAUCGACAUCCUCGAUGACGGUUUCAAGUGGAGAAAAUACGGGAAGAAAUCAGUGAAGAACAGUCCGAACCCAAGGAACUACUAUCGCUGCUCAACGGAGGGGUGCGGGGUGAAGAAGAGAGUGGAGAGAGACGGAGAAGACCCCAGCUACGUGAUAACCACGUACGAAGGGGUGCACAACCACACCAGCCCAGGCGUUAUGUAUCUCGCGCCUGAUGGGUGCGACUCCGGUGGUGGGUCUCUUGUCGCCGGUGGCUUUUGAUAUAGCCCGCUAUUUGUUAUGGUGGCCAUUCCUGAGGCGAAGGUGAUAAGAAAUCCGACUCCUUCCGAAGAGCUUGGGAUCGACUUGUUUUAGUUGGCAAGUACAGUGGGAAAGAAACUCGAGUGUGCUUCUACAAGAGAAGACUUUAAAAUCUUAUCUAAUUUUCAGUAUUCAGCUAAUCUAUGUUCUCAGAAGAGGAAGACGGGACACCAAAUUAAGCCAUUACUGAGCAGAUCGGGCUCUUUUGUAAUCCAUUAGUCUUCUAUUUCAUCGCUUCUUCCUUCUUCAACUUUGUUUUUUUUUUUUUUAAUCUUUCUUAAUAAAUCUGGGAAAGGUUCCGUCCUCCA